UUUCAAGCCACAGUUGAGGAAGGAGUUGUGGGAGUUAUUGUCAACUUGACAGUUGAAGACAAGGACGAUCCCACCACGGGUGCAUGGAGGGCCGCCUACACCAUCAUUAAUGGAAACCCAGGGCAGAGUUUUGAAAUCCACACCAACCCACAGACCAACGAGGGGAUGCUUUCCGUUGUCAAACCUCUGGACUAUGAGAUUUCCGCCUUUCACACCCUGCUGAUCAAAGUGGAAAACGAGGACCCACUGGUCCCCGACGUCUCCUACGGCCCCAGCUCCACAGCGACCGUCCACAUCACUGUCCUGGAUGUCAACGAGGGUCCAGUCUUCUACCCAGACCCCAUGAUGGUGACCCGGCGGGAGAACAUCUCUGUGGGCAGUGUGCUGUUGACUGUGAACGCCACAGACCCCGACUCCCUGCAGCAUCAAACCAUCAGGUAUUCUGUUUACAAGGACCCAGCAGGUUGGCUGAAUAUUAACCCCAUCAAUGGAACUGUGGACACCACAGCUGUGCUGGACCGCGAAUCCCCAUUCGUCCACAACAGCGUGUACACUGCCCUCUUCCUGGCCAUUGAUAGUGGCAACCCCCCCGCGACGGGCACUGGAACCUUGCUAAUCACACUGGAGGAUGUGAACGACAAUGCCCCCUUCAUCUAUCCCACAGUUGCUGAAGUCUGUGAUGAUGCCAAAAACCUCAGUGUCGUCAUUUUGGGGGCAUCUGAUAAGGAUCUUCACCCAAAUACAGAUCCUUUCAAAUUUGAAAUCCACAAGCAAACAGUUCCUGAUAAAGUCUGGAAGAUCUCCAAGAUCAACAAUACACACGCCCUGGUCAGCCUUCUUCAAAAUCUGAACAAAGCCAACUACAACCUGCCCAUCGUGGUGACAGAUUCAGGGAAACCACCCAUGACGAACAUCACAGAUCUCAGGGUACAGGUGUGCUCCUGCAGGAACUCCAGAGUGGACUGCAACGCUGCAGGGGCCCUGCACCUCAGCGUGCCCUCACUCUUGCUCCUCUGCCUCUUCAGUUUAGCCUGUCUGUGAGAACGCCUGACAUCUGAAGCUUGGACUCUCAAGUUUCCAUAGCAACAGGAAAAAGAAAAAAAAAAUCUAUCCAAAUCUGAAGAUUGCAGUUUACAGCUAUCGCACUUCACAACUAGGCCUCAAUUGUUCCAGAUUUUUGUUUCCUUUGCAAUUUCACUUAGUCCGUACUUCCUCAUUUUGACAGCAUCUUCCUUCCUCCUUUAAUUAAUGGAAUCCUCUGAAUUUUCCCUGAAUGUUUAAAGAUCAUGACAUAUAACGCGACCUUCCAGGAGCAGGAACAAUGACUACUUUUUCUGAUGUGUUGACAUGUUGCUAGCCAGUGCGCCACGCAUCCAGCUUUGUCUGUGGGGUAGUAUUUGUAUAUGUAUGAGUAUCUGUAUGUGUAUAUACACAGUAUUUAUAUAGAGACACUAGCCAGGAGGAGCCUUGUUUGGAUGUCAUCCUUCCUUGCAAGGUUAAACAAGGAGUGGGGGAUGCUAAACCCGCUGAACCCUCCAGGGCCUCAGCAUCAAGUUCAGCAUGAGGACAGGCCACAGAGUUGUCGCUUGUGCUCUGAAGUUACUCCUCCACCAUCCCAUUUGGUCUGAAUGCUGCCACAGCCAGCCAGGCAGGUCCACAGAGAGGGAGAGCAGAGAAAGUUGGCCUUGCUGUUUACUUAGCAUGAGGACUACAAGCAAUUUCCACUGCCACCCUAUGCCGUGACCCUAAGCCAUGGUAGUGAGGAACUAAGUAGGGAAUUUCACCAUCAAAGGCCAAGGAAAGGGCUGACACACUCUUUCACGGGCAUCAAUCUGCAUUUGUAUGUGUCCUGAAUUCACUGUCCCGCUGGUUCUUACGGGGACAGAGGCCGUGGUGGGGAAUCUCUCCCUCCUCAGUUUAUGUCUGGUUGCACAUGUCACCAUGAAGGUCACACACGACAUGAAGAGACCCUACAGGUACCAUCUUUAUACACAUAUAUACCCACAUGUACAGACACAUAUAUGCACAUACACUCCGUUUGUUUCAUAUAUCAUGCAUAAAAUAGAGUAAAUACAGGUAGUUUUAAAAGUACCCUUUUGUGUGAAUCGACUACCGUUGUUUGCAAACCUGAAAAUAAAAGAUGUUCAUUAUGUAUGAAAAGUAACUGAUUUUUAUUCUGUGAGCAUGUGAAAGAGGAAAGUUAGUGCUUAUACUAAGAUGAUCUUCUUGUUGAUAAACCGUAAAUGAAUCAUCAAAGCUCACACCAAAUUUUUCUAUCAAAUAAAACUAGUGACAGCCUGUGGCUUUUUAUUAGCACUCGCCACAAACUAGGGUAAGGUAAGUGUCUUAGCAUAUUUUAAUGCAGUUGCUUACUAAAGGUUUUAACCACGCGCGCGCACACGCUUUCUUAUGCAAUCUACGUUAGCACCUGUGCUUUUCAGUUAGCUUUCUGUAGGAACUAGAAGUCAUAUGUUGUCUUUGUUGUAGUGAAGUUAUGCAGAAAGAGUUCCAUAUAUUGUAUUUGUUUCAAUAGUAAAUCUUUUUGGAGCAUAAAGAAUGCAGAGACUUUUUUUUUCCAUUAAAAUAAAUGGGUAUCGGUGGUUAAAAUUGC